AAGCGCAGGCCGCGGCGGAGGGGCGGGGCGGCCGGGAGGAACCGCGUUCUGGAGCGGGAGGGAGAUCCGCCGCGGAGUUACGGGAAAGUUGGUCCGAGUUCCCGGGAGUUUCCCGGUGUGCUCCCCCGUGUUCGGCCGGUUGCUCCCAGGCUCCUUUCCUCCCCACCUCCCUCACGGUCCAAUCGACCCCUCUCUCUGCCACCGGCCGCCAUGGAGCAGCCGCCGGCGCCCAAGAGUAAGCUAAAAAAGCUGAGUGAAGACAGUUUGACUAAGCAGCCUGAAGAAGUGUUUGAUGUGUUGGAGAAGCUUGGAGAAGGCUGCAUUUGAAUUGACAAACCGUCUUAUGGAAGUGUUUUUAAAGCAAUACAUAAAGAAUCUGGUCAAGUUGUUGCAAUUAAGCAAGUACCUGUUGAGUCAGAUCUUCAGGAAAUAAUUAAAGAAAUUUCCAUAAUGCAACAAUGUGACAGCCCCUAUGUGGUGAAGUACUAUGGCAGCUACUUCAAGAACACAGACCUCUGGAUUGUCAUGGAGUACUGCGGAGCUGGCUCUGUUUCAGACAUCAUUCGGUUACGAAACAAGACAGUCUGCUGUACAGCUGCAACCUUGGGCUUUCUUUCCACUGGAUUUCUGGUUAACAGAAGACGAAAUCGCAACUAUUCUAAAAUCUACAUUGAAAGGAUUAGAAUACUUGCAUUUUAUGAGGAAAAUACACAGAGAUAUAAAAGCUGGGAACAUUCUCCUCAAUACAGAAGGGCACGCAAAGCUUGCAGAUUUUGGAGUGGCUGGCCAGUUAACAGAUACAAUGGCAAAACGCAAUACUGUAAUAGGAACCCCAUUUUGGAUGGCUCCUGAGGUAAUUCAAGAAAUAGGUUACAACUGUGUGGCUGACAUCUGGUCCCUUGGCAUCACUUCUAUAGAGAUGGCAGAAGGGAAACCCCCUUAUGCUGAUAUACAUCCAAUGAGGGCUAUUUUUAUGAUUCCCACAAACCCGCCACCAACAUUCAGGAAGCCUGAACUUUGGUCUGAUGACUUCACCGAUUUUGUUAAAAAGUGCUUAGUGAAGAGUCCUGAGCAGAGAGCCACCGCAACACAGCUGUUACAGCAUCCUUUUAUCAAGAAUGCAAAACCUGUGUCAAUAUUAAGAGACCUGAUCACAGAGGCCAUGGAGAUCAAAGCCAAAAGGCACGAGGAGCAGCAGCGAGAACUGGAAGAGGAAGAAGAAAAUUCGGAUGAAGAUGAGCUGGAUUCACACACCAUGGUGAAGACGAGUUCAGAAAGUGUGGGCACAAUGCGGGCCACCAGCACCAUGAGUGAAGGGGCCCAGACGAUGAUUGAGCACAACAGCACCAUGUUAGAAUCGGACCUGGGGACCAUGGUCAUAAACAGUGAGGACGAGGAGGAGGAGGAUGGAACUAUGAAAAGAAAUGCCACAUCACCCCAAGUACAACGACCAUCUUUCAUGGACUACUUUGAUAAGCAGGACUUGAAGAACAAAAGUCAUGAGAACUGCAAUCAGAAUGUGCGUGAGCCCUGCCCUGUGUCACAGAGUGUGUUUCCUGAUGACUGGAGAGUCCCUCACGAUGGAGACUUUGACUUUUUAAAAAAUCUAAGUUUAGAAGAACUACAGAUGCGUCUAAAAGCACUGGAUCCCAUGAUGGAACGGGAGAUAGAAGAACUGCAUCAAAGAUACAGUGCGAAGAGGCAGCCCAUCCUGGAUGCCAUGGAUGCAAAGAAGAGGAGACAGCAGAAUUUCUAACGACUCCCUCUGCUCAGCAUGACCAGAGACCAAGCCACCACAGAAGGGAAGGGAUUGCACUACUUUUCAAUCCCUAAAAUGUAUGUUCUACAAUUUUGCAAAAGUCAAAAACUAAUGAUGGUACACCUAGAUAAAUUCCACAGGCAAACUGUGCAGUUGUAUCCACUCUGACUUCAUUGUGAAAGGGUGAGAACGAUAGAAAUGUGCUCUUUCUGCCAGCUGUUCCACAGCAACCAAACCAACCAAAUUUAAAGCUAUAUUUGGAGACUUUGGAAAUCCAAAACUGUUGCUUAAUCGCACAGUACUGGAAGGCUUUAUGUUACAAUCCUCUAUUCCUGUGGAGAAGCCUAUUUAUUGUACCCCUUAGGUAGACUUAUUUAUUUAUGCGGUUUCACUUUUUGUUUUUUAAAGACAAGAUCAGGAUAGUUUUGGUGGAUGUCCGGACACAAUGACAGAUACAAACACACAACUAAAUUGUACAAAAGCAGGGAGCUCUGGGUGCAUUCCUUCAUCUCCAGUAAAAACAAAGCAGCGAGAGCAAUAAUGUCCAAAUGGACCAGACAUUUUUAUAUUGAAGAAUAAUUUUAUUUCUCCCUUCUUAAAUAUUAAUUCUUGACUUUAAUAUUGGUAUAAAUAAGGCUAUAUAUGUGUGUGUGUAUGUGUGUGUGUGUGUGUGUCAUACAGAAUUGUACCCUGUAAAACCAAAGAAAUCAGUGAAUUCUUGCACACACACACACACACACACACACACACACACACACACACGCAGAGGUGUGGGAAAUACUUAUAAAGAAAUGAAACCCAAGAAAGCAAUACAAUUGUUUCCUAUAUUGGUCCACAGUAAUCUCAUCAGAUUAUUCUGUGAAAAUAUGCUUUUGUCACAGGACAUUUUGUUGAUUUCAUUUGUUUCCUGGAUUGAUGCGCAUCAUGUAUCUGACAAUAACAAAACAGUAAAAAUGUUUGUACUAAACUGUGUCCUUGGGACCUGGGGGGGAAGCAGACUUAAGUUAGGAGACUCGUUUCUGAGUUAGCAUUUGUGUAAUUGAACGGGGACCAGUCCUUCUCUGCACUACCCAUGGCCAUUUCGAGUGUGUGUUGUUUUAUGUAUUAACUAUGUGUGUACAUCAUGAAGACAAAUAAAUUCCACGGUGCCACCUGGCACACUUCAUCUUUUUUUUUCCUUUUUUAAGCUCAUGGCCUGGACUCCGUUAGGCAGGUCAGGUUGCUUGGCUGGUUAGGGGUGACCCUGAAACUUCAGCAAAACUACAUAAAGAUGUAGCUCAGGUUAUUCCUCUCAGACCCAAGACCCACCGUUCACUGGCAGGGCACUCCCCUGCUCUCAGCCCCCACGGACACAGUGGUUACAGGUGUGCUUGCCACAGGGGAAGGAGCCCUGGCAAACGUCACACUCACGUCACAGCAACAGCUUCAGUGAGUGCAGGAAGUGUCCCCGACACUGACCACAGAGGGCAGGUCACCUCAGAAAGCUUCCACAUGUUUUUAAGUGGCAUUGUGCUCAAGAUCUUGCCUUGAAGUGACAAUUGUUUUUGUUCUGUUUGAUCCUUUUACAUAGUAUAUUGUAUGUGAAUUAUAAAACUGAAAAUAAGAUGGCUAAAACUAACAAGACUUCCUGUGCUCACCCCAGCUUAUAUAACACAUAGCAAGGCAUGUGUUCACUGAUCCCGCUCCUCUUUGUAGGUGACCAUUUGGGACAGUCAGCCAUUUCAUCAGCUCAGACAGUAUCCAGGUUCCCUUUCUUAAUGGUCUCUCCUGUCACCCACUGAACCCUGAUGGCCUCGAAAGACUAACUUCCACCAUCCAAGCAAAAACACCUACUUGAGAUGACAGAAACUAACGAAGACGAUUUCUGCCCACCUGACUAAAUGAGGCUCUUAGCCACUUGUACUUCCUGAGAUACCUGAGUCAGGACAAGGGCUCCCUUUCUGUAAUGCCAUGUACUUCCUGAGAUUCCUGAGUCAGGACAAGGGCUCCCUUUCUGUAAUGCCUUGGUCUGAUUGCUUGAUAAUACUUUUACACCCUGUUACUAUAUCUGCAUCUGUUCACACACACACACACACACACACA